GUACAUCUUGGCCUUCGCCAUGGGAGCGAGUCCGGCACACGAUGACGCCGACACCGAGAGACGCUUGUACUUUCGCAUGAAACAACGUGAGCAUCGCAUGAAGAAUCGAUCCAAGCGCUCCAAGAUGAUGCAACGAGUACACGAGUUGGAAGAGACGCUUCGACGUGCCAAGAUGAACGUCCUGUCCCGACAAAGGGCGACGACAUCCCAGGUCCGAGGAGAUCUGCUUCUUCCGUGGCACGUCAUCGCAGACGUGAUGAAGGCAGAACUUGAUGUAUCGGAAGCGUGCCAGGUCAUCCUACGCAACCGCAUUGAUGUGUCCGUUGCACUCAUUCAAGACAUGCAACGAUUCACAACUCUGCAUGACACCUUUCGCCAACCAUCGUGGAGGCAUGUCACGCUCUUUGCCAAUCCCGAAUCCAGACGCCUCGGCAAACGCUGGAUCACCGAGCACAUGUACAGAAACAAACGUGCCAUGUUCCAACAGUUCUCGUUUCCGCCGCUUCAGUCCAACGAGCGCGUUCAAGAGUACGACCUUGUGUACACAGCGAACGAAUGCUACUUCCUCAUCCAACGCUCCCAUCUCACCUUCGACGUUCCGAUGGAGGCACUUCGUCAAAUGAACCACCGGCACUUGUGCUCUCUAUUGCUGUUGGCUGGAAGCUCGCACAUGGAUCACGCAGUCUGUACCAUCUCCACGUCCAUCGCACGCAAAACUAAGUGGAUUCUAUCUAGAUCGACGAGACUGACAUGCGCUUUCAAGUUACCCCCUUGGGCGAGUGCAUCAACCUGGUAUUGGGGGAAUUUCUCGAUGCCGACCAGUGCACCCACGUGAUCCAGCAAAUCGAAGAGGACGAGCUCCGACCGACGUUGCACCGCCAAAGAAAUCGAUCCACGUGGAUCGAAAUGACACGAAUAGCUCCACGACACACCAAAGUCCGUGCGCUGUCCAUAAUUUCGCAGAGCCGGCGAAAGGUCGGCGGGUAUGUAUCAUUAGACGAAGAAGCCGGUCACUUGGGGCUGAACACGACGAAGGCCCCGGUUACCGACGCCGCCUUCAGGACCCAACUGUUGGCCCGCACCAGUCGGAACUCGAGCCCCGUGAUCCAGGACAUCCCCACCAUCCUGGCCAACAUCGUGGCCGAAUUACCGGAAUCAACUGAAUGAAACACAUUCACAUCGAAGUCC